AGAACUGUAAUCAAGAGAGAGAGGAAUAAGAAAUACUGAUAAGAUUAGCAGCUCUUGCUAAACACGAACUAAACACUGGAAGAUUAAAGGAGAGCCAGCGAUAAAAGGCUCUCCGACUUGAGGAGAGCGAGUCGGCGUUCUCUCUUCUCACCUGGCCAUCUUACGCUCUGAGACACCUGUCAGUGGCUGGCGAAAUUUUUCGCUCACUUGAGAGCCGACAAGCGAGUGGUAGAGUCAGUGCCAGCGGGAGAACUUUUCACGAAAUCUUUUUUGGAAAAUCUUAAAAUCCAAAAUCCAAUAUAAUAUAUCAAUAUAUAUAUAAUAUAUAGUGUUUAGUGAAAAAAGAAAACAAACCAAAAAUAAAUAAAAAAAUCUAUUUUCAGCGGAAAAAUGAAAUGAAAUUCAGUAAAUAAACACAAACAUUAGCAGGCCCAGUGAAUAAAUAAAAUAAAAGAAAAAUAAUAAUAGAAAUAAAAAUAAACAAAUAAUCAUGCACGUGUAUUACAAAUUCGGAUUACUUUUAAUAUUUUUACUCAGCGUAAGUAUUAGUCACACAAAUGGAGCUCCCGCGAGCAGUGAACAGUCCCAACUGUCCCCCACCUUCGAGGACGACUACAACGAUUACGACGAGGACUACAGCGAUGAAGCGUCGGACAAGGGUCCUGAGACAGCAGAGAAUAGACUGAUGCCACAAUCAUCUUCAACAUCGACCACCACAACAUUUCGACCAAUUUUUAACAUACCACGACGUAGCAACCAUGUCCUGGAGCCCAGUUGUCCGCGCAACUGCCACUGCUUGGAGGACUUCAAGUACGUCCAGUGCACGAACGCCCAUCUGACCCAUGUACCCCUGGACAUGCCCAAAACGGCGGCGAUCAUAGAUUUAAGCCACAAUGUGAUUUCCGAACUGAGGCCGGAGGACUUUGCCAACCUGUCGAGGGUCCAGGAGAUCAAUCUGAACCACAACCUGAUCAGUCGCAUAGACACCGAGGUCUUCCAGGGCCUGGAGCGUCUGCAGCGCCUGCGACUGGCCAACAACCGCCUGACCAAGAUAGAUCCGGACACCUUUGCGCCGGCCAGGGAGCUGUCCAUUCUCGACCUGAGCAAUAACUCCAUUGCCCAGCGACUGGACGGAGCGUUCCUCAACCAGCCGGGAUUGAUAGAGUUCAGUUGCUCGAACUGCAGCUGGACAGAGCUGCCGGAGCAGACGUUCGAGAACAUGAGUGCCCUGCAGGUGCUCCGACUGGACAAGAACGAUUUCAAACAGCAAAUCAAUACGAGAGCUUUCACGCCGCUGAAGAACAUAAUUAAACUGAAGUUGCCGGAGCUGGACCAGCCCAACAUCGAGGAGCUGUGCAACCUGCUCAAGUCCAUAGACAACAUCAGCUUCCGCCACUUCGACGUCAGCUGCUUCGAGCUCGUCCUGGGCACCUCCUUCAACGACAGUCUCAUCCAGGCCACCGACCCGCCGUUCCAUCGUGUUACGGAUCUCCCGACCACCACACCGAAGCCCACAGCGGCUCCACCGCGCACUGCCGAUCGCAGUCGGAGCAAAAUGGCAAACAGCACGGAGUUGGCAAAGGCCGGAAUCAUGAGUUCAGUGACUGAGAGCAGCGGGGUGAGUGCGGAGGCGGCCGGCGACCAGGAGAAGAGCAACCAGGUGGCCAUAUCCCAGGAGGCCAUCAACACCCUGCUCAUCUGCAUCAUGGUCAUCGCGGUGAUCGGGAUUAUCAUUGGGCUGAUCUGCCGGAAGGACAUUGGAGGGAUCAAGACCAAAUGCUGCCGCACUAGCAAGCCAGAGCCAAAGGACCAGGUGCAUCCCACCGAGGAGAUACCCUUAAAUAAGCUAGCCUAAAGAAAGAAACCAGAAGACCAAAUCUAGAAACACAUCCUAUCCGUUUAAACAAUUCCAUUUCGAUGGCAUUUUGUGUUAGAUUAUAAAUAGGUAGAUGUACGUGCAUGUAUAUGGAUAAUUAGUUGACUACUUUGACUCAUCAAGCUCUGCUCCAUUGUUCGCCAGCACAACAGCUUCCAGUAAAAUGAAUUCCCAAAUCCGUUGUUAGAUUCUAGUUAGUUAUAGCAGGUAUAGCAGCUGCCUAGUCGCUUAGCGUUCUACUAUUAUUUAGGGGAGCACGGGAAACCCAACCACAAAAAAAAACAAAAAACAAGAAACAAAAAUGUAAAACCCACUCCUGGCUCUGUUCUAGAGAUACUUUAGUUUUUAGAGCUUAGCCCUAGAUUUUUUGCCAAAAUACAAUAAAAAAGAGAUAAUUGUAAAUAGAACACAA